AGCGAAGCUGCGAUAGCUCAGCGAAGCUGUCUGAGUGACUGAACAGUCUGUCAUUGAGGCGGUGAAGUUGCUUGCGAAGCACAGCGUCGCAGAAUCCUCGUCAAGCAGCCAGUGCAUGAGCUGAUGAAGAUGGGAGUGGAACACAGCUUGCUUUCUGCGGUUUUAUGGCUGUGCCUACUCUUCCGGCUGCCGUGUGGUCUUGCGUCGGAGCCCCUCAAGCCGAUAAUCAUCAUCCCAGGCAUCGCAGGUACGUUAGUUCUGCCUGGACACACAAACAGCCAAACACGCUGCUGCCCGUCCACCACACACACAUCCAUCCACUUGCAGACAUCCAUUGAUUCUGUGUCUUUACCCAUCUUCCUCACCAUGUAUUGCCAUGCAGGCAGCGGCCUCCUGGGCAGUCGUGAAGCCGAUGCGCCGGUGGAGGGCUGCUCCAAAAAGGCCACCUCCAACUUCCGCCUCUGGGCUUCAUACGAGGAGCUCCUGACCGACCAGGAGUGCUGGACACACAUGCUCGAGAUGUCCUUCGACGACUCAACCAUGCUCUACUCCAACAAGACGGGCGUCAGCAUCGAGCCAGAGGACUUCGGGGGCACCCACGGGAUCGCUUUCCUCGACUAUGUGGCGGGCUACGGCGUGGUGGGGACCAAGUACAUGUAUGAGUUCCUGGAGGGGCUGCACAGCGUGGGCUAUGAGGAGGGCAAGACCUUGAGGGCGCUGACGUAUGACUGGCGGCUGCCGCCCAACCAGGUCAACCUGGGGGGCUUCAGGAUCGUCAUUGAGGAGUCCGUCAAGACCACCGGGCAGAAGGCCCUUCUUGUGGGACACAGCCUGGGUGAGCGAGUGGGUGAGCCUGGGGCGUCCCUACAGCCACUCACUAUUGUGUGUUUAUUGCUGGUGUUGUGUGUGGCGUGUGCAGGGACUUUGUACAUGAAUUACUUCCUGAACAAGGAGGUCGACGCCGACUGGAAAGCCAAACACAUCGAGAAGUUUGUGGCCGUCAGCGGCACCUACGGCGGGGCCUUUAAGGCCGUCAGGGCACUUAUCUCGGGGUUCGUGGCUGCCGACCACACACCCACACACACCACAGCAGACAAGCCAUCGAGGCCCUGUUGGAUGUGUGUGUGUGUGUGCAGGUACAACGACUACGUGACCUUUGACCUCAGUAACUUCCUCAACAUCUCCCUCAUCUCCGCGGCCAACGCCAGGCGAGUCCAUCGCACCUGCGGCUCCGUCUACUCCCUCCUGCCCAAAACAGAGGUAGACACACACACCCUUCCCCUUUCCCCCUUCUGCCAACAAACACUCGCGCAUUCAUGUGUGUGAGUGUGUGUUUAGGUGUAUGGUGAGGAUUGGCGAGUGGCGGUGAUAGACGAGCCGGGCGACGGCGUGCCGCCGCUCUACUACACGCUGCGCAACUGGACGCAGCUGCUGCCGCCUGGGUUGGAGUCACGGGGGCAGCAGGCCUUCAACGAGAUAGAGCGAUACGGCAUGAAGGACCCUGGGGUGAGUCAGUGGGGAGGGAGCAGCAGAGAGGCAGAAAGACAGACAGACAGACAGACAGGGAGGGAGGGAGGGGUGCAAGGGAUGAAACAAACACACAACUUUCGUUCUUCUGAGCUGAUGAGCUCUGAGGAAAACGUGGAGACCUGAACUGACGCACCCACCCGCCACAAUAGACAGACAGACAGACAGCCUGGGGUGUUUGUGCCUCCGCGUGUGGUUGUCUCUUUUCCCUUCUCUGUAUGUGUAUGAUGACCUCUGUCUGUCCCCACCCAUGUGUGUGUGUGUGUGUGCAGGUUCCGGUCGAAUGUCUAUGGAGUCGGUUUGAGCAGCCGCAGACGGACAUCUCCUACCACUACACAAGACCUGACCUCAACGAGCAGCCACUCAGGUACUCCCUCACCCACCCACCUAUCACAGACACACCCAGCACAUCCACCAGACAGACACACAGCCUCUCUCAUGUCAUGUUCUCCUCCCAAUCAUCAAACAACCAGGAUCUAUGGGUUCGGCGACGGCACCGUCCCGCUGGCGUCCCUCUCCUGGUGCAGCACCUGGCCCUCCACCACCUUCACACACGAGUUCCUCAACCAAGACCACAUGCUGCAGUGGCAGGACCACGGCGUCGUCACUUUCAUCGUCGAACUGCUCACCGGACGGCUGCCGCGGUUCAAGACCAAACCGCCGACCGUCUUCCCGGCCAUGCGCAACAACAUGACUUACAUGGUGCAGCGGCUGGAGGGAAUGGUUGGGGCGGAAGGGGAUCACGGGAGGGAGAUCGAGGGGGAGAGGGGAGGCGGGAGGGAGGCGUUUGAUUGGAUGAGGCUGAAGGCGCAGACGCGCUCGCAGAGGGCGUCUGGGGAUGGGGUGGGGGCUGGUGAGGGUGUGCAGCAGCAGCAGCUGCAGCAGCAUGAUGUCAUCUAUCAAUGAAGUGAGACCAAGGAAGGAACGAAGGGUGGGUCGGUGGUCGGGGGGUGUACAGUACUCAAGACAGACAGACAGACAGAAAGAAUGUGUGUGUGCUCAACACACUGUUGGUUAACUGACACUGACAUUUUUCCGUUGCUAUGGACAGCAUGCACUGACACAGCGAGCCCCACCCACACACGUCGACACUCGAGCGAGCCGUCAGUGUUUUUGUCGAUCUAUGUCAUUGAGCCGGCCAUUGUCUGUCGUCGGCUGCAUUCAUUCAUUCGACGCACACAUAGAAGGGAACCGAUGGGUAAUUGAUUGAUCUCAGGUGUUUUGGCAACACCAGGGUAGGGUGCGUGCCACCGGGGCGGGUACACACUUCUGCAGAUGUGGAUGGCAUGAUGAGCUGGAUGCUUGUGUUCAUUGGGUGAGAAAUUGUGCAUCUGUUGCAUAUUGCUUUCCGUGCGCCCUUUUAAUUCAUGACACACUUAACGCACUUUGACGUCUAGCUCAUGGAUGUAACCAUUCU